AGAUGAACGCGCCGCCAUUUUGAAAGACAGAAAAAGUUCAUCACACGUCCCGCGAAGUGUUUUCCAAGCCAGCAGGAGCUCUAAUUUGCGAAUUUGUGAAAUUACCUGUGAAGAUUUAGUUGAAAAUAGUGCGAAAGUGUUCGCCGGAGUUCGCUCGAUCGAUUGCUGGCAGAGUGGCUUCGCGAAAUCGUCCAAUUGACGGUGUGAAGUGAAUUUCCGAGUGCGGUCGUGUGAUUUGGGCGCCAAUCCAACGCCACGGCAAGAAAAGUGCAAAAACAAACGCCCGAGGCCCGGAGAGUUGUUGAACGUGGCGGAAUCGGUUGCGAUUCGCUGAAAAGCAAUGCACCCGCUCGGAAUUAUCCUGAAAAUUGAGUUCAUUUCGGUUUUUGUUCCUUGCGGUGAGUUUGUGGGUGAUACAGGGAGUCGGGCGGCGGAGAGUGCGACGAGGCGUCAUAAAAAGUGAGACUUCCGAAAUUGACGAGCGAAAACAAUGGCCGCGCUGGACGGACUAACAAAAUAGUGAAUUUGUGCGCGCCGUUUUCAUGGUGCGGACGGACAAUGUGAGGAGGAGUGCGUAGAAGCGGGAAUAAAAGCGAAGAGAGUGAAAAUUAAGACUUUGAGUUUCGUGUGUGUAAACAAAACACAGAAAAGCGGACAAUGUUUUACGCGCACAUUGUGCUGGCCAAGAAGGGCCCGCUGGCCCGGAUCUGGCUGGCGGCGCAUUGGGACAAGAAGCUGACAAAGGCGCACGUCUUUGAGACGAACAUCGAGCAGUCGGUGGACGGCAUCAUGCAGCCCAAGGUGAAGCUGGCGCUCCGGACGUCCGGGCAUCUGUUGCUGGGAGUGGUGCGGAUCUACUCGCGGAAAGCCAAGUAUCUGCUCGCUGACUGCAAUGAGGCGUUCGUCAAGAUCAAGAUGGCAUUCCGGCCGGGGAUGGUGGAUUUACCAGAGGAGCAUCGCGAGGCUGCCGUGAACGCGAUCACCCUGCCCGAGGUCUUCCACGACUUCGAUACAGCCUUGCCCGAGUUGAACGAUGUCGACAUCGAGGCGCAGUUCUCCAUCAACCAGUCACGGGCGGACGAGAUCACAAUGCGGGAGGACUACGGGAGCAUGCCUAUGUCGAUACACGACGACGGUUUCGGGGACCUGGCGUUCGAUGAGGACACACCUGAUUUGAUGCGCGACGGCGGAGUGGACCCAAAUAUUGAUGAAAAUCUUUUCGCUGAAGAGCAGAAGGACAUUGACCGGGCGAAAGGAGCGAUUCCAGGAACCUCGCGAGAUGACGAUCUGAGUGCGCUGCGGAUAGCAGACGACGGCUUCGGGGAGGAGUUUGGAACAACAGCCGUUGGUCUAUUCGAAGGUGAUAUUUUCGGUGAACCGGCGGCAGAAGAACCCGCUCAACCUGAUGCAGCUGCACUUCAAGCAGCCGACGAGGAUUCCGAUGCCGAUCUCGGACAUUUCGAUGAUGGCGGUGUCUCCCCAAUGCACAGUGACACAGGAUCGCGUCCACCAUCGGCCUUAGAUCAAGCUGGCGCUAGUAGUGAACGCUUUCGGGCACCGUCAGCGAUGCCACCAAUGUCACCGCACGGUAUCGAUGCCCAAGCCCCGCUUGAAGAGAAAGAAGAAGACGCUGCAGCGGUGGCAGACCAAACUACCCUCAUACACAAUGAGGAGGAAAGUUUCGCAUUGGCGCCUGUCGAUGCAUCGGCAUAUAAGGGUGUGACGAAAGCGAAACGGAAACGGAAACUGAUUGUUGAUGAAGUGAAGAAUAUUUCGGGUGAAGAAAUGAAAUCUCAGUUGGCCAAUACCUCGGAUAUCGUGACGACGCUUGAUCUAGCGCCGCCAACAAAGAGGUGGUUGAUGUAUUGGAAGGAGACGGGAGGUGUUGAAAAGCUGUUUGCGCUGCCUUCGAGAGAUAUACCUGCUAGAUUCCUCUUCAAGAAUUAUCAAAGACAUUUGUCGUCUCGUGCCUUCGGUGUGGAAGACUUCUCGGUCCUCGGGCCAAGUGAUGUGUUGGCGCUUGAACAAGCGCAAGAACACGAAUCUCCAACGACCGCCACUAAUCGGCGCGGUCGCAAACGGAAGCUUCCUGCCAUUGUUGAACAAGCCCUGGAAACACCAGUCAUUCCAGAGCCCGAACCAAUUCGUGAAGACCAAAGUCACGUGUCAGCACUGUCGCUGGAUAUGGGCGGGGUUGCUCCGGAUGAUUCUCUAAUGCCACCACCUCAAACUCCUGGUUUUGAACCUCUGCGAAGUCCAGGACAAUUCCCCAUGAGACCAUCGGACCCGAUGACACCUCUCCUGCCCGGUUUACCGCAUCCGCAAGAGCUGGACAUCCAUGAUGAUUUCCAUCACACUGGUCUGACGCCUGCCGGAUUACAGCAUGGUGGCAUGACGCCGCAUCAUGGUGGCAUGACACCACACCAUGGCGGUAUGACACCACAUCAUGGCGGUAUGACCCCGCAUCACGGUGGCAUGACUCCACAUCACGCAGGUAUUGUUGCACAUCACGGUGGCAUCACACCGCAACAUCCGUACAUGGAGCACAUUGAGUCGAUACCAAAUUUGCCUGCUGACCAAGUCACGUCGAUAUUGAAUGAGGCGGAGCAAAAUGGUGCGUCACACGAAGAAAUGCCAUCAUUUGAGGAACAACACGCCGACUUUGGCUCGGCUAAAGGUGCUGACACAUCGGCGGAGAUCGCCAAUGAUUGGGCUGAGGAGUACGAGUUCCCACAAUCGGUGGGACAACCGCAACCUGGUGAGGAGCAGCAAGAGAAUGAGACGGACGAGCAGUUCGAAGAACGUGUCCUUAACAAGAGGGCGGCUCAGAUGUUUGUCGCUGUGCGAAGUCGGCUGAAUAAGAAGGACCCGAUUUACCUGAGUGAGAUGACUUACAAAAAUAAUCGCAAGCAGGCGGCACAAAAAUUCUACUCCCUGCUGGUGCUUAAAAAAUUCCGGGCGCUGGAAAUAUCGCAAGAUAAGUCGUACGGUGACAUUCUGGUUACGAGGGGGCCCAUGUUCGAUAAUCCAAAACUGUAAGGAGGGUGUUAUGGCACGUCAAAGUCCGUGGCGUGGUCGCGAGUAUCGCAAACGUUACCAGUCGCGUUCAACUGCAGCCGAAAUGGUUUCAAACAAACAAAAAAUCUAUUCAAAAGAGGAGGAGUUUGCCGUGUGCCCUGCAUGCCGGAAGCCACGCCUUCCAGUGCCUGCCAAAGGCACACGGCUAAAGAUGUUCAUCGCGAGCAUUCAAAAUAUCGUCGAAACAAAUCAACCGCCUCCGUUGCUGGGCGGACCCCCGCCCACUGGCAUGUGUAAAUAGUAAUUCUACAAAAGAAAUUUUAAGACAGAGAAACUAUAAUACAAAAAAAACGUAGGAAGAAAUUUAGGAAAAAGCGAAAACUGUAAAAUAUUGAACAAAACUUUUUUGGCCUUAUCAAAUUUUCCAUCACUGAGGACAGUGCAGUGACAAAAAAUGGUUUUUACUUAAAAGAAACUCGAAAAAAUCCAAAAAAAUAAACCGACAAACCACAAGUAAGUAAAGGAAACUCUAGUAUUUAGUGGAAAUUGAGAGCGAGCGAGGUAUAGUUGAGGAGGAGGAGCGUGUCUAAGGAAAUUUAGUAGCGAAAUAGGUUACGCUGUGAAUGGGGAGUGGACCGUAGUCAACUUUGUAAUGAAUUUUAAAUUAAGCGUUGCAUGGAGAUGACUCGACCCCGAGUAGAUUUGGUUCAUGUGCAGAGAACAAUAUAUGAGUUACGUGUAAGGACAUUUUAGGGUGUACGCGUCGUGAGUCUGAAUAUAUGUGAAACUGUUUCUUUUUUUUUUCUCUUUUUUCUUGACUUUAAUUUACACACGGAUAGAUACGUUACGGAGCAGACCAUACAAGUGAAAUGUUUUUAACCUUUUUUGUAUAGAGAAAAAGUCAAAAGAUUAGUCCUAAGUCGAAUUAACUUUUAUAAUUUCAGUUUUAAAUUAUUGUAAGUGUUGUUGAUUCGUUCAUUUAAAUGUAAUAUAUUGAUAUGAAAAUA